AUGGUCCAACAAUUGUUUACUAAACACAAAAAAUUGUUUAUUGAAGAUACGAUCUGGAAAGAUAAUACAUUUAUUUUCUCUUGUUUUCAGGUCCUGCCUGGGUUAUACAUAGGGAAUUAUAGGGACUCCAAGGAUUCGGCUCAAUUAAAUAAGUACAAUAUUACACAUAUUUUGGCAGUUCACGACGCUGCAAGAAGAAUGCAUUCGGAUAAGCACUACCUUUGCGUUCUGGCCUCGGACUCUCCUGAUCAAAAUUUAACGCAAUACUUUCCCCUCUGUAACGAUUUCAUCCAUGCGGCCAGGUUAAGGGAAGGGAACGUUUUAAUCCAUUGUCUGGCCGGAAUGUCGAGGAGCGUUACUGUGGCUGUGGCCUACAUCAUGACUUGCACGAAUCUCUCGUGGAAGGAGGCGCUGAAAGUAGUAAGAGCAGGCAGGGCUGUAGCGAAUCCCAACCUCGGUUUCCAGAAGCAACUCCAGGAUUUCGAAGACUCUAAACUGCUUGAGGAACGCAGACGGCUGAAGGAGCGAUUCCCCAGUUUGGCAUUGGUGACCCUCGACGAGGAGCAGUGCGCCCUUAUGCUAAAUAAUUACGAGCAGCUAUUGCUCUCCCGUACAAUCUGCGAUGGUAGAUGCGUCAUGGGACAGCAGUGUCCCACGGGUGUCUGCAGGACUUCAGAAACCAGAAGGUCACGGCGUAGAAGUAGCAGAUCUCAAACGGAUGCGAGGACCUCGAGUGUCUCGAGGAGUCCGAGCGUGACGAGCUUGAGACCGAGAUCAGGUCCUGCCGGUUUACACACCUACACCGGUUCUGCCCCUCCGUCCCGAUCCACAUCCAGAGUGGAUCUAACCAGUGGAAAUUUAACCGCUCCAGCAACACCCCAUCCAAGUCCGCCUGUAUCACCAAUCAAAAGAAGAACAGUCACCAGGCACGUCCCGUUGAAGGAAGUUACUGGAACAUAGCCUUGGCCACUCGGAUACAUCCUCAGCGAAGAAUAAACCAUUACAUUGUUGUAACGCUGCCAAUCGCUUACAAGAAGAAAAAAAAACAAAAAGUCCCUCCACCGUUUUUAAGGAAGUAAACAAAAAGAACGUAAUAUAUUUUGCACAAAAAUUUGAACAAAUGCAAGAAAUGUUAAUACGAGAUUUAAGAGUGCUGCUUUUUCGGCGAAGACUAUUUCGUUUUUUUAGAGUCCAUUUCCAUUUACGUCCCGAAACUUAAGCAAUAAUUAAUUUUUAGUAUUUAUAAAAGGAAGAAAAAACUAAGAAAUCGAUAAUUUUUGGAGCCUUUACAAAAUUUAAUAAAAAAAACUAUUAUUUCGAUUUGAAUAGUUGUGAAAAGCAAUCUUUUAGAAUGGUUCCUAAUAGCUCAAAACGGUUGAUAUUAAUUAUAAGUUUCGUUCGGGUUUUCUUUUAGCGCCUAAUGAACAUUUGAAGAAAACGGAAAGCAGCGGUUGAAACAGCGCCUCGCAAUUGCAAAUAGGUCAACGAGGUCGAAGCAUACAUUUCGUUCAUAUCCAAGCAUAUCCAAAGAGAAUAAAAUAAAUAUAUUAUAUUACAUAUUCAUAAUAAUCUGUGCUCAUUUAAGUACAAUCAAAUAAUUUAGUGAUGAUAUUCUAUUUAUUAAGUCUAGUUAUGUAACAAGUGAACUUUAUUUUCGGUUUCCUUGAUGCAAACAUUCACUCACGAACGAUUUCACUUAUUGUUAAUUAUAUUUAUUCAAUGAUGAUAAUGCUAGUGAUAAAACAUUGAUAGUUAUAAAGUUUUAAACACAUAUUUUGUUGGAAAUGCGAAUUUUAAAGCGGAUUUUAAGAAAAGCCCUAUUUUCGAAAUGAAAUGGUUGGACUAAAUUAGGUUUUAGGAAGAUUUUUAGCCUUAUUUACAACACUUUCAACAUUAUUUAAUUGUAAGGUAAAGUUUUAAAAUGCAAAAUUCAAAUUGUUAAAAUUACUUGUGAUCAAAGCACUCGAGUUUGACGAUCGUAUGAAAACGUGAAAUUUAUAUUUUUGUAAUUAUUGUGAAAGUUUCACGUUUUCACAGACGAACGAUCGGACUUGGUGCAAAGUAACAUUAAAAUGCUGCCUCGAAAAUUCAUGCUUAAAAGCCAGUAACGGAUGAUGAAGUUGUUGGAAAGAAAGUACACUUGUUACCGAUGUUAUGUAAUUAAUCACCGAUGAUGAUGAUUCAGUUCGAUUCCUUUACUUUCUGGAAAGGGAUGGACCAACAUGCUCAGAGAAUAUUUAUAUUGUUUCAUUCUCCUGUUCGUUUAGCGCCGUCUACUAAUAAACAGAAGCAAUCAUUUUUUUAUUUUAGAGAAGAGAACAACGAUGAUUUUGAUGUUGUGGCUACAUACGUGUACAUAAUGUAAUUAACAGAGAAGAAAGCGAAGUAAUUUUGAAUGAAGAUGUUUUAUAUAAAUAUAUAUAUAUUGCAGAUAUAGCAAGUAUUAAAUAUUAAAUA